AUGUCUACUCCCAACGCCGACGACGACGAGCCACCGCAACAAGAGAACAACCAGCAGCUCAGUAGCUGUCGGAUCAGAAAUCUACUACGUUGGCGGAAUCUUGGAGCCUUCCUCCGAUCUUUGGAUUCUCGAUACUCGGUCUGGGAAGGGAAGUUUCAUCAGGGACCAAGCAUGAAAGUUCCACGCAGAGUUGUCGAGACGUGGUUAGGAGUAAUCGACGGGAAGAUAUACGUGAUCGGUGGAGGGUGCGAUGAGAAGAAUCACGUGGAAUUCGAUCCAGAAUCAAAAAUUUGGAAACUUUUGGAGAAAGAGAAAGUUGUUCCACCAAGAUUGGGGGGUCAGUAUUACACCGCAUCGCUGGAGCAUAAGGUUUACAUGGUUGAAACCGGUGGAAUCAGUGUAUACAUUGCUGAUUCCACUGAAUUUUCCUCAGUAUCUAGAGAAAUAGGUUUCGUGACUUCCCAUUUUGGCAUUUCUAGUGGUUGUUCGGUUGAAAUUUUGUCUGCAGGGGAAAAAAUAAGACACAGCAAGUCUUAG